ACACCAGGUUCGGGGUUUUUGAAAAAAAAACAAAAAACAAGUCAUUGUCAUUUAUGAAAAAAGGGGGCAGAACUAUACCAAAACUAUGGGUGUCUUCCUGUGUGGCCUGAGAGAUUUGCCAUAAACGGACACAUUUGAUGAACCAGAUUCAACCUGCUGGCUGAGAAGCAGCAACUUUCUGCCUUUUUAAAUAAGCUGUCAUCACCCAAAAACUAAGCAGCAUGGAAUAUGAACCAUUAAGCAAAGAGCAGGUGCCAAUGCAAGUCAUGACCCACGUGGUACCUAUCCGGGACGUCCAUGUAGACAUGCCGCGGGACCAUAUCAUAUGGUCAGUCUUCAAUCUCAUAUUCUGCUGCAACCCAUGCUGCCUGGCACUGAUGGCCUUCUUCUACUCCAUAAAGGCCCGGGACCAGAAGACCCUGGGAGACUUGCGGGCCGCGCAGGAGUGCUCAGACAAGGCCAAGUGGUACAACAUCCUGGCCUCGGGCUGGAACCUGCUGGUGCCCCUGCUCCUCCUGGGCCUGGUGGUGCUGCUGCUGGUGCACCUGGGCACCUCAGAGGGCUCCUUUGACUUCUUCGGGGAGGACGGCUUCCAGACCUUCAUGAACCUCUUCAGCUUCAACUCGUGAGGUAGACAGACAGACAGAUUUGCAGACGGUAGCACUCACGAACCAACCGAGGCACCUCCUCACAAUGGACACCUGCCCCUUCCACCAACAUCUACCUUUCUUUGAAGAGUAACUCCUUAUCCUUAAUUUCCUCAAAGUAACUUGAGUAUUACUUGACUUAUUAUUGUAUUAUUA